AAACAAAAAUCAUAAACAAUAACACAAAAUCUUCUUAAAAACUAAAAAAAAAAAACACCACUGAAGACACACAAAGGACACUCUUCAGAUACACUUGAUUCCUGGCCCUUAACCCUUUACCCUCCAACGCCUAAUCCUCACGCCCGCCAUGUACCAGAACCAGUUCAUCUACUCCCGGGAGCGACGUCGCUUCGGGAGGCAGUGCCUCUUCCAGGAUCGCAACGAGCUGAUGGUUAGCGUUAAUCCGAGCGGGAAACAGCGACUAAAGUACAUCCUCCGCAAUCCCAGCGUGCACCAGACCCAGCUGAGCAGCCAGAUGGCACUGACCAUUAUGGAGACGGAGAACGUGACCCUGGACCACCACGGAUUGUUUCACUACGAGGGCGGGUGGCCCCGUGAGGUGAACAUUAACGACGAGGAGCAGACGCUGCGUCACCGCAAGAAGGUGGAGCGCGAGGACAGCUGGGGGCAGCAGGUGCUCUCGAUGAUCAGGUCGUUGAUGGGGGUGGCAGAGCAGAACAACGCCAUCAAUAUAUAUCAGGAAUUCUUUUCGGAUAUCCCGCCGGAUGUGGGCCACGACAUCCGCAUGAGGUACAGGGCGCGGAUUGCGAACGUGUUCCACGAUCUGUUCCUGCCGCCCCGCCAGAUGAACCUCAUUGAGUGGAUGCCCAACAACGAACGCCAGUUCAUGGCCCAGUUCAAGAAUCAAUUCCGGCAGGGCCAGGAUCGACUCCGGCUGCUCACCGAUGAGCCGUUUGGAGGGGAGAACGCCUUCUACACCUGGGACGUGAAGAAUCCACUCAAGCCGAAGCUCUUCUAUGACUCCAACGAGUCCGUGUCGCUGGCCAAGAUCUGCCCGAAGGACGAGAACAACAUGGUGGGAGGCACUUGUUCGGGCAAGGUCUGCCUGUGGGGCACCUUCCGGAGCGGGAUGCCAUUGCGCACCUGUCCGCUGGAGGCGUCCCACAGGGAGACCACCUCGGCCCUCUGCUGGGUUCAUUCCAAGUCCAACACGGAGUUCUACUCAGGCUCGCUGGACGGCUCUGUCAAGUACUGGGACACCCGGGAUCUGACGAUGCCCGUGCAGGAGCUGCUCCUCGAACCGGAGCCCCAGGAGCGUCAAUCGAGGGAGAACGCCCAUGGAGUCACGGUUUUAGAGUUCGAGUACACCAUUCCCGUUCGGUUCAUCAUCUGCAGCGACAUGGGUCACGUCUUUGUGGGAAAUCGUAAGGGCAUGACCCCGGUAGAGACCCUGCUGGGUCACUAUCCUCUCUUCGCCGGUCCCAUCCGGAGCAUCAACCGCAAUCCGUUCUUCGUGAAGAACUUUCUGGUGACAGGCGACUGGCGGGCCAGGAUCUGGUCGGAGGAGGCCAAGGACGGGCCCAGCACCAUGUACUUCCGCAAGAACGCCCAGAUCGCCUGCGGGGCCUGGAGCACGGGCCGCUGCUCCAUGUUCGUGACGGGGGACAUGAAGGGCGUCGUGGACUUCUGGGACUUGCUGCUCCACCAGCGCAAGCCCAUUCUCUCCAUCGACUUCAAGGUGCCCAUCAAGGAUGUCGUCUUCCGGCCCGAUGGCGAUCUACUAGCCAUUGCCCUCCAGAACGGGGACACCGCCAUCCUAACCCUCGACGAGGCCAUGCGCCAGGCCACAGGCAAGGAGAAGGCUCUCAUGGCGGCCAUGUUUGAGCGGGAGAUAUCCCGGAGCAAGAUCCUGGAGGCUCGCGUGGAGGAGAUGAAGCUGAAAAGGCGCACCAUUCUCCAGGCGGAGGAGGAUCGCCUGCGACGCGAACUGGAUGUCUCUCCGGACCUCGAACUCGAUCCGGAUAACCCCGAUCAGUUCGUAAUGAUGAUCGAGGGCGACGAGCAGUUUCGGACGGCCAUUAGCGACUUCCAGGACAUGAUUCUGGCCGUGGAACGGAAGCGCUCGAAGCGCCAGGUCAUCAUGGAGCGCACCGUCUUCGAGUUGGCCGAGGCAGAUGAGGAGCUUCUGAAGGGCCUGCCUGUGGUGUAUGGCUCGCCAACGGAUGCCCCGGCC